AUGAACGCUUUUGGACAGCAGCCUCCCAACCCGCAGUCUAGUCCUAUUCAGCACCACAGUGCCCAGGAGCUUCUUGACAUGGCCGUUUACUGUGAUAACUUCAGCAUGUACCAGCAGAACCUUCAUCAUCAUCAUUCUCAGAGGCCUACGGCGCAUCCUCCCACCUACGGGCUUGGAGAGUAUACGUCGCCAACAACCAACCCAUACCUAUGGCUAAACAGUCCGGGUAUCAACUCGUCUCCUUAUCUUUCUGGAACGAAUGGCGCCUCGUAUAUACCAUCGGGAUAUGGGGCAAAUCAAAGGCAAUUUCUGCCACCACCAACCGGCUUUGGAGGCGCAGACCUUGGCUGGCUCUCUCUGUCCAGCCAGCAAGAACUUUUUAAGAUGGUUAGACCUCCGUACUCAUAUUCGGCUCUUAUAGCUAUGGCUAUCCAAAAUGCGCAAGAUAAAAAAUUGACUCUGAGUCAAAUCUACCAGUACGUGGCAGAAAACUUUCCCUUCUACAAAAAGAGCAAAGCUGGGUGGCAGAACUCAAUUCGUCACAACCUGUCUUUGAACGACUGUUUCAAGAAAGUUGCACGAGAUGAAGAUGAUCCUGGUAAAGGAAACUACUGGACUCUGGACCCAAACUGUGAAAAGAUGUUCGACAAUGGAAACUUCAGGCGAAAGAGGAAAAGGAGAGCGGAUGCUAACGUCGGAAGCUCCAACGUGCUGCCGGUGAAAUCUGAAGAGGACAGCACCGUACUGAAGCUUUCAGAAACCGCCAGCGUCCUCAGCACACCUCCGCAGAGUUUGCAGAAUUCCCCUGGAUCGAGCGAGUCAAAGUCUUCUCCACCACCUUCCAUCGACCACAGUCCUUGUUUCAAUAACUUUGUCUCCAACAUGAACUCAAUGCUGGCAGGAAACGGCAACAUCAUCGGCAGCAGACAGUAUGGUUCGGGACUUCUGGAGGAUUUGACCCAGAACAGAGAAAACUUGUCUGGACUUGGUUCAUAUUCGCCAACGCAAAGCACCCUGUUGAACUCUGACGUUAGUCAUCCCACUCCUCGACAGAGCUACUACCCUGCAAAUCAACACAGUGGUCAUUUGAGUAGUCAUCUUACGAAUCAUUUCAGUGUUAACAAUUUGAUAUACAACCGUGAAGGAACAGAGGUUUAG